GUGUUGCUGCCUUGUGAAAGCAGUACAAAAUGGCUUACAGUGUGAAUCUGAAUGGACCUGGACCGUGGGGCUUCCGACUGCAAGGGGGCAAGGACUUCAACAUGCCCUUGACCAUCUCCAGAAUCACCCCUGGCAGCAAGGCAGCACAGUCACAGAUGAACCAGGGGGACCUUGUCGUGGCCAUUGAUGGAGUUAACACUGACAGCAUGACCCACCUGGAGGCCCAGAACAAGAUCAAAUCAGCCAGCCACAACCUGAGCCUCACUCUUCAGAAAUCUAAACGCCCAGUGCCAGUUUCAACCACAGCUCCCAGAAUUGACUCGCCCAGGGCUGUAAUUCCCCAUCAGAAGGUGAUAACCAACACYGCUGCCAACACGGACUUCACGGAGCGUUUCAACCCCAAUGUCCUGAAGGACUCUGCYCUGUCUACACACAAACCCAUUGAGGUGAAGGGCCUUGGCGGCAAGGCUACCAUAAUUCAUGCCCAGUAUAACACCCCGAUCAGCAUGUAUUCCCAGGAUGCUAUCAUGGAUGCAAUUGCAGGCCAGGCACAAGCCCAGGGUGGAGAAUUCGCUGGUACCCUCCCUAUUAAGGAUCCUCACGUAGACAGUGCCUCUCCUGUGUAUCAGGCUGUGCUUAAAACUCAGAGCAAGCCUGAGGAUGAGAGCGAGGACUGGAGCCGCCGCUCUGCCAACCUGCAGUCCAAGUCCUUCCGCAUCCUUGCCCAGAUGACUGGAACUGAGUACAUGCAAGAUCCAGAUGAAGAAGCCCUGAGGAGGUCAAGAGACAAGGAAAACGUUGCAGCAGCAUCAGAAAACAGGCCUGCAGGUACCACGCAUGCACCACAGUAUGUGACCUCGAGUAUUUGGCAUCCUCCUAAAUCAUCCACCAGGGAUGCCAACACUGCCAAUGCUCAGCCAGUGGCCUCCAAGGGCUCUGUGGGGCUUGGAGCAGGUACAAGCCAGAGGGAGGCCAGUUUUGGCCAGACAGCCCCUCUUGCUUCAUCCAGUAACCAAAGUACCCCUGUUGAGCAUGCCCCGGUGGCUCCCAGUUCUGCUGCUCCUGCACCACAUGCUUCAGCACCUCAGCCUGCUGCUGCUGCUGCUCAAAACACUGCCAGCCCGAUGACAGCACCAGCCACCACCUCAGUAGUGCAAGAGUCUUUCUCAUCCUCCUUCCAAAGAAACACAACCCAGUCGUAUACACCAAUGCCAGUUUCUGGAAGCUACAGUGAAAGUCCUGCUCCUUCUGCUGCUUCAAAAAUGAGAGUUGUUACUACUGCCAGCAUAAAGCCCUCUGUCUACCAGCCAGCGCCAGCACCAGUUCAUUCCUACACCCCUGCCAACACGGAGCCUGCGAGUCGCCCUCCCUGGGUAACAGAUGACUCCUUUUCCCAGAAAUUUGCACCUGGAAAAUCCACCACCACUGUCACAAAGCACAUCCUCCCAAGGGGUGUUCCAGUGCCAUCUCCUGCCUCAAUUUCUGCUUACCCGUCUCCAGUUUCACCUUCUUCCCAGCCCCCUGCAUUAGCCCGGGGAACAGUUCAGAGGGCGGAGCGUUUUCCAGCCAGCAGCCGAACCCCGCUCUGUGGCCACUGUAACAGCGUCAUUCGAGGUCCUUUCCUGGUAGCCAUGGGUCGCUCUUGGCACCCAGAAGAAUUCAAUUGUGCUUACUGCAAGACAUCCUUGGCUGAUAUGUGCUUUGUGGAGGAGCAGAAUAGCGUGUACUGUGAACGCUGCUAUGAACAGUUCUUUGCACCAACCUGUGCCAGAUGCCACACUAAGAUUAUGGGGGAAGUGAUGCAUGCCCUAAGACAGACUUGGCACACAAGUUGCUUUGUCUGUGCUGCUUGUAAGAAGCCGUUUGGAAAUAGCCUGUUCCACAUGGAAGAYGGGGAACCUUACUGUGAGAAAGAUUAUAUUGCUUUGUUCAGCACAAAAUGUCAUGGCUGUGAUUAYCCUGUUGAAGCUGGAGACAAAUUCAUUGAAGCUCUUGGACACACUUGGCAUGACACCUGCUUCAUUUGUGCUGUAUGCCAUGUGAAUUUGGAAGGUCAGCCAUUCUACUCCAAGAAGGAUAAGCCAUUGUGCAAGAAGCAUGCCCAUGCCAUCAAUGUUUAAAAGAAGAGCCUGUAGUCAGUAAUUCUGGGGUAAAACUGAUGACUAACUGGGCAAUCAUAAAGUUGAUAACCAUAGCUAGCAUUUCUCUUGGUAAAAGCUAGAAAGUUGGUAAUUCUGAAGUUUAACUUUAUCCUCUUCCGUAAAUGCAGAAUGUACUUUUUGCAAGGUUCAUACAAAAACCUCCUGAACGAACAGUCAAAACCAAAUGAACUAAUGAACUAGCUCAUUAUUAGAGCAACAGUUUGGGGAAAUACUGAAAUUAUCUAAAAACCUUAAUAUAAAAAGUAACGUGCAAAUACAAUUUCAAGUUAUUUACCCACAGCAGUUUUACUGCUGAGACCACACACUGGUGUUUAAAAACAACUGGAAAAAUACUUCUCUACUAAGUAAUUUUCUUUCACAGCAAGAAUGAGUAAGUGCCAUAUGUACAGUCAUCUGUAGAACCAAAGGCCAUAGCUUUCAAAGGGAAAUAAAUAGAUUAGGGCUUCCUCUAUGAAAAGUGAGUGCUAUUCCAUUAUGUUGUGGUGCUACCUCAUAGCAUCAGAUAUUUUAAAUUCUUUCCAAAUAACAAGUCUGCCUUGAAUCCAUAUGUAGCUGGGAAGCCUAGGUGACAAUCCAUAACAGUUUGAAAAUAAAAUGGUUGGGUCAGCCUUGCUAAUGCACUUGGCUUCUAUGUGCACAGUAGAUAAUUCAUUUUUAAAUCCUAAUGGAAAAGGACAACUGGCUUUCUCCAAAUUGCUCUUACAUUGAAUGGAAUAGAGCUGGCUAGAAAGGCCAACUUUUAAUUAAAAAACAGUUUUCCUUUYAUCCUGGGGAAAAAAAAAAUUAAAUUCAAACUUGCUUUGGUUUCUAAUUCCCACUGAUAUCAGAGGGAGGUAGGAAUCUACAUCUGGACCUUCACACUGGUGGACACUGAAGAAAUACAUCCAGCUAGCACAGCUAGGUUAUAGGASGUAGGCUGCAAAAAUUCCCUUCUAUCCCACAUUAUUAGGAAAAAGGUGCUUUUUUUCCUGUAGUAAAUGAAUGUUGAUUAAGAAUUCACAAGGCAGCAGUCACAUACUCUUUAYUCCUUUCCUUAAUUUAAAUUCAACACAUCAUGAAUUGUAGCAGUAUUUGCCAUUGUAAAACAGUAGCUAUGCUCCARCAAUUAGGAUAACCAUACAGUCAUCUUUUCUAAUAACCAUACAGGYAUCUUUCCUAAUAGUUUGAGAACAACUUUCAAGUUGUUUACACGCUUAUUUAUAAAAUCCUUUUUUUCAAAUUAGCAAUAGUGUAGAACUGAUAAUACUUUCAAAUUUUUGAAUAUCAAUGAUUUUUAUAUUGGAGACAGCAGUUCUGUCUGAUAUAGUUAAGAUGGAAGGUCUGAUCACCAUUCAAGUUUUAUUAACUCAUUUAAGUGAGAAUUACAAUGUGUGUGUUGACAGCUUGCAGUACUGAGUUUUGAAUUAGUACUUCUGAGACUGAGGAUGCUUUCUGCAGGCCACAUGCUGAUGCCAUCUGCACCUAUUUUACCUUGUGUUUUGAGUAGCAGAAAAUUACAUAAUAUUGUAAUAAUUGUCCUGUCUUGUCCCUCCUAUGGGUAAUGCCCAUUUUAUGGUAAUUGGUUGUCUUUUAAGGGAUGAAAAACUAUCCAAAGCUUGGGGAAGGAUUAAAUGAAAUUUGGAGUUCUAAUAGAAGAGUUAAGUUAGCUGCAGGCAGUCUGCAUCUUGGACAAAAAUAACAACCUGAACUGCCUGUGGCAGUUUUGACAUGUAUCACCUGUAUUUAUUCAGUAGGUAUCUUAGUUUUCACUGAUCUUAGCAGUGAUCUGAUCUGAGUUACUACAGGGGUCAGAUUUUUGUAUGCAUGAAUUUUUCUAAAACACUAGUACGUUAUAUGCAAAGCCUUUUUUUUU